UGUCACCACAGCGAGGCUCGCGUCGCGGGAACGUUUGGACGCCAUUUUGAGAUUUACCGUCUUUGUUUUGUGAGAGAUUCACGGUGAAUCGAGAGGAAUCUGCGUCAAAAUGAAGCUCGUACGGUUUCUUAUGAAGUUGAGCCACGAGACGGUGACAAUAGAGCUGAAAAAUGGCACACAAGUCCACGGCACUAUUACAGGUGUGGACGUCAGCAUGAACACACACCUGAAGGCCGUGAAGAUGACGAUUAAGAACCGGGAACCCGUGCAGCUGGACUCUCUCAGUAUCCGUGGCAACAACAUCCGCUACUUCAUCCUCCCAGACAGCCUGCCGCUGGACACGUUACUGAUAGACGACACACCCAAGGCCAAGGCCAAGAAGAGGGAGGCGGCUUCUGGAGCUGGCAGAGGACGUGGCCGCGGACGAGGACGGGGUCGCGGUGCAGGGCGUGGCAGGGGACGGGGGCGGAGAUAGACGACUUAGCUCUGUUAGGGGUGGGAGGGGGGUAAGGAAGAACUUAGGACCUUGUGCCGCGACUUGUCAGGCAACUUUAUACCUACAGAUGGUAACCUGUGUAAGGAAAAAUCUCACCACUACCAACUUUUUCUUUCUUUUUGCAAAUUGCAAAAGCACACUGAAAAGCAGCAGAAAAUCUAUGACUAGUAUGAGAGAUUUAGAAUGACUUUUUUUUGUUUGUGUCUUGCAGAGACAUUUACUGCAUUAUUGUUGAUAAUGGUGAAUGAAAAUACAUUUGUUCAACAACUGAUUAAGCUUUUGUAAGAUUUGAAUGAAAAAAAAGAAACAUUCCUUUUUACAAAUCAGAAUAAUUAUUGUUUCUGAUAGGUGGUUGGCCAAAACCAGUCUUCAGUAGCCUGAGUUAGUAGUUUGUACAAAGAACUUUGUAUGUGUCCAAACAUGAUAGUGGUAUGAGAUUGACCAGGGUGUACAUGUAACCAUUUUAGGUUAGUAUAAUAAACUUUCUA